UACCGCCAAUAAACCCCUGAAGAAGAAAUAUGGGGAAGACAAGUGAUGCUGCAAGAAAUAGACCGUGAUCUGGAUGUAAACAUAAAUAAGAGCUGACUGUUUGGGUGUGUGACUAACUGACCGGAUUUCUGAUCGGCAGCGGCGUGCUCAUCAGCUAUGGAGAGGACAUUCAGUCGGUGGAAGACACAGUGUCUGAGCAGGUUGGAUUUGAGUAAGAAAGGGAGCGUGGAUGAAGACAUUGAGCAUGUGGUGUCUCUGCUCAACAGCUGUGAGCAGUUCUUCACCACCAGUUCAUGCUCCGGCAGGAUCAUCCUCAUCGAUGGGAUGGGAGACAGCUGUGACGUCCAAAAACAGAACUGUGUCUGGCUGUUUGUCUCACACAAGAAAUGCACCUCUGAUGACCUGAUGUUAGGUCUGAGUAGGUCCAGUGGAGAUGCUGUGUUGAAGUUUGAGCCCUUUGUUCUCCACGUUCAGUGCCGGAGGCUAGAGGAUGCACAGCUAGUGCACUCUUUGGCUAUCAACUCAGGCUUCAGGAACUCUGGGCUUACUGUUGGCAAGACAGGGAAGAUCAUCUUGGCGGUUCGCAGCACCCACAGCCUGGAGGUUCCUCUGAGCCAUGAUGGAAAACCUCUAGUAGAUGGAGAAUACAUCCAGUUCCUUACACAAAUAGCUAAACAGAAGAUGGAGCAGAACCUAAGACGAAUACACAGGUUCUUCCAGAAUCUCCAGGCAGUCUUGUCAACAGAAAGACUCCACAUCCCUGACAGUGCCAGCACACAGGAAUUCCAAGAUUCCCAACAAAAGCACAAGACAGACAGGGGAGGGGGGCAAGGAACAAAUGAACAGAACCAACUACAUGUGUAUAAACGAAGGCAGAGGAGACAACAGCACAAGAGUGACAGUUGCCCUGGUGAUGGAGACAGCAACCUGCCCGACCUGGAUGACUGUCUGGAUCUGUUUGCAUAAACAACUGCUUUAUUUAGAAAAGUUCUGGGUUAACCUUUGAUCUUCACAUUAAGAUCACUGUCGCAACUGAGUCCACUUGCUUCUCCAGGAGCAGUUUUAAAUCAUAUGCAAACCUGUUGUGUAAAAUGUCUGCAGAAGGGAGCAGGUAUCUGGAGAUGUCUGUGGAGAUACUGAUGUUACUAAUAAAACAAAAUGUUCUGUA